CUUAAAAAAAUUGUCUCGUGAAUUAGCUUUCAUUUAUGUAAUUAGUUUUAUAAGUAGUCUAUAUUUAAUAUUAUAAAUUAGUGUCUAAAUACAGGGACUAAAGUUAAGUCCCUGGAUCCAAACACCACCUAAUACUUUGCAUCGACCUAAUACUUUGCAUCGAUGCGUAUGCAUGCAUUGCUGUACUAUAAAUUCUCUCUUUAGCAGUCUUUAUGUCAUAAUUUGGCUCAUAGUUGAUUUUAUUUGAGCAGGCCAAAUUAUCUAAAAUAACUUGUACUAUAUGUGUUAAGUGGUUUGCUGGAAAGACAUUAUCUAAUUAUGAAUUAAUUAGGCUUAAAAAAAUUGUCUCGUGAAUUAGCUUUCAUUUAUGUAAUUAGUUUUAUAAGUAGUCUAUAUUUAAUAUUAUAAAUUAGUGUCUAAAUACAGGGACUAAAGUUAAGUCCCUGGAUCCAAACACCACCUAGUACUUUGCAUCGAUGCGUAUGCAUGCAUUGCUGUACUAUAAAUUCUCUCUUUAGCAGUCUUUAUGUCAUAAUUUGGCUCAUAGUUGAUUUUAUUUGAGCAGGCCAAAUUAUCUAAAAUAACUUGUACUAUAUGUGUUAAGUGGUUUGCUGGAAAGACAAAUUUAUGUGUGUCAGGAUUAGUUGUGAUGCACUGGGAUUAUAUACGUAAUUGAUGGAAGGCCAUAAUGGCUGACUUAGCUUGGAGACAUAUGCUUGGAUCAUUGAAUUUCACAGCAGACAACUCGGCUCCUGUACUGAUCGAUUGCAUGCCGAAGCUGUGGAUGUGCGUGGUUGCCAGGAGUGGAAGAUAGAUAUUUUUGGUAGUUUAUUUGUUAGGAUUUUCUGGUACCUUGUUUCCGUAGAUUUCUCGUCUGCGCCGUAGCAGUGCAUAUACCCUUAUAAUCUUAUACAUAUCAGGGGUUUUAGAUUCGAGGACGACCCCGAACAUUACCGAUCUGCUAUUUUUCUCGUUCCUUUACUUUUCCGUUAUUUUCUAUUUUACUUUUAUGCCUGAGUUAUAGCAAUCCUAGGAUUUGGUUGAUCUUUACCGUUUUGCGCUGAAAAACGGUUGUGCUUCUCUAUAAAAAUGAGGAGGUUAUCCUUUGCUAGUUUACUCGGAAACUAGUCGUUCGUCGUCACGUAAGUACGAUAUUAUCUUCUUUACUAAUUUGCUCGUAAAUUAGCUGUGUGAUUCCAUGAAAUUGAAUUAAUCUCGAAAUCGGUUCCGCUAGCCGAUUUUGAUCUAUCGAUUUUGGCAACUCUGUUAAUUAUACCGUAAAUCGUUAGGUGAUCUUGUGUUGGCCGUGAAAAAGUGUCAACCAGCAGAUCAAAUAAUAAUACUACUACUACUCAGGCGGUCAGGUCCCAUAGACGCCAGUAGCAACAUGGUGUCCUCCGGUUUCAUCGAGUACAAGUUUGACUACCAACAAAUCCACAAGCUAGCCAUUGGCGAGAGAUUGCCAGCAACAACAAUCUCGACAGGGGAGCACAAUGCGAAGAUCAUGUGCUACCCGCAUGGGUUUGGGUACGGCAAUGGUGAAUACAUCUCUCUCUUCUUCGUGAUGCUGAAACAGAUUGACCCCAAAAUCAAGGUGAUCUUUGAGGCCUUCCUGAUUGGAAAAGAUGGUACACCAUCCUCGUUCCAUGCGAAGAGGACUAUGCAGUGUUGGGCGUCCCAGGAUGGCUACGACUGGUUUGGGUGGCAUCGCUUUGUGAUGCGAAGCGAUCUCGAAUCACUCGACGGUAUGGUCACAUUCAUAUGUGGGCUCGUAGUUCUGCGCAACGACGACGACGGCGACGACCAUGUCGCCGUGCCGCCGUCCAACCUGGGCAGCCAGCUCGCCGCCAUGGUGGGCAGCGCCGUCGGCGGCGAGACGUUCCACGCGCACCGGGCCGUGCUCGCCGCGCGCUCGCCGGUGUUCAGGGCGGAGCUCCUCGGGUCCAUGGCGGAGGCCACCAUGCCGUGCGUCACGCUGCGUGACAUCGAGCCGGCGACGUUCAGAGCUCUGCUACACUUCGUGUACACGGACGUUCUGCAGAUCGAAGGCUCUUCGUCGACGAGUACAACUGAUCUGCUUCAGCGUUUGCUCGCGGCGGCGGACAGGUUCGCGCUGGAGAGGCUGAAGCUGAUGUGCGCCCAGAAGCUGUGGGAGAGCGUGUCAGUGGAGACGGUGAUAGCGACUCUGUGCUGCGCCGAGAUGCACAGCUGCCCGGAGCUGAAGAACAGGUGCAUAGAUCUCGUGGUGACGAAAGACAACUUCAUGGAGGUAGCGGUAACCAAGGACUACUUUCAUCUUGGGCAGAGUUUUCCGUCAGUUAUCGAAGAGAUAAAGCCACGGCUUAAGAAGUGAACGUUGAAACAUUAUACUCCCUCCAUUCCAAAUUGAUCUAUAUAUAACGUUUAGCCCUUUUAUUACGUCGAUAGAUAUCAUAAUUAUUAUUUGAA